ACAAACGUGUAUAGAACACAUUAAUACUGCUCUUGAUACCUCUCUUUUCAAUUGUGAAGAGGUCAAAAAUCAAUUGUUUAUAGCUGAGAGUAUAAGUACUGAACUGAUGAGAAAAAUUAAAAUGGCAGUUAAAAAAAAAUCCCUAAACAAAGUAGAGGUGAUAAAACCCGAGGAUGACAUAGAAGUCCCUGAUUAUAGAUCUAUAGUGACAGUGAAAGGCACUAAAGAGGAUGUCACAAAUUGUAUACUAAAAGCGAAAAGAGCUUUAGAGAAUGAAAAAUUCGAUAGAGCUGAAAGUCUUCUUUUGAAAGCUGAAAGAAUAUUUCCGACUAAAAAUGCUAGAGAUUUACUGAAACAAAUCCGGGCUGCUAGAGAACCAAAAAAGGACCCUAACCCUAUUGAAAUAGCUACCGAAGCUGUAGAACAAGUUGACACUAUCAAAGAAGAAGAGUCAAAAUCAGGAGACGACAGUGUAAAUGCUGUUAAAUGUCUGGCAGCUUUUGAAAGAGCAUUCAGUGCUGGCAAUUUUGAGAAAGCCGAGCGAAUGUUGAAUAAGGCUAAAAGAUUUGACGCAGAAUUGAACAUAGAGAGGAAACUAUCUCAAGUCAAAGCUGCCAUAAAUAAGAAAAUCAUGGAAGAAAAACGGAAGGAGCAGAUUGAGAAAGCAAUAAGAGAAUACAAAAACGCAGGCGAGUGCCUCUACAAGUCAAUGAAAGCAUAUGACGCUGGCGAUUUUGUAAAGGCUGAAUUAAUUUUGUGUCUAGCGAGGAUAUAUGACUCGGCGUUGAAUUUGGAACUAGAAUUGUCGAAUAUAAGAACUAAGAUGGCUUCAGAAAGUAGUAAAGAAAAUAAAGAUCUAGAUAAAACUGUUCCCGAGGAAACUGUAACUGAAAAUGAUAUCAAAUUCGCUGCAGAAAAUCUCUAUAAUGCUAAAAAAGCGUACGAUACUGGUGACUUCAAAGAAGCCCACCGAAAAUUCCUUGACGCAAAAAUAUGUGAUAAAUCCUUGAAUUUGGAACCGUAUUUGUCAAAGUGUAGAGCCGAAAUCGCUUCAAGGAGUUCAACAGAAGGAAACACGGCUAUUCCCGAAAAGGUAUCAGACACUGUGACAACUUACGCUAAAGAAAAUAUCGAGUUAAAUGAGCGUAAUAUCAAUGAAGCUGAAAUCGCCUAUCAAAAUCGAAACUUAACGUUCCCAAAAUUGGCAAAGCCAGUUUACCCGUGUAAAAAGGUUAACGAAACGCUUGACCAUGUUGAAAAUCUUAAAGGAAAGAACCUACCAAAACCUAGUCAUGAAAUAACUAAUUCUGAAACCGAGUUUUCAUGCUUGGAAGAUGAAAAACGAAAAGAGAUGGAGAUGAAAGAAAGACAAGAGAUAGAAAGACGAAGAAAAGAGGUGGUAGAAAAAGAAAAGUCAAGAAAGAAAAAGGAUGACUCAUUUGAAAUUAAUAAAACUUACGAGGCCCAAAAAAGAAGCUUAGAAAAUGAAAAGGAAAAAACGGGCACACGAGUAAAUAAAAAGACAAAUUCAGGUAGAUGCAAGUUCAGUACAGAUAAUAAAAAACAAACAGCAGAUAGAGAGAAAUUACAACAGGUUCAUCAGCUCGUUAACAAAGCGAGGCAGUGUAUUAAUAACAGCGAAUUUGAACUCGCAAAAGUUACUUUGUUAGAAGCUGCAAGCAUACACGCUACACCUACUGUCAAGUCGCUGAUGGAAGAGAUCGAAAAAUCCUUGGAAAAUCUCAAGAGAACCAAUUAUUCUUCUAAAUAUAAGGGAGAUUACAAAACUACAAAAUCUCCAUCGAAAGAAGAACAAGUGAAAGCUUUGAUAUCCUUGGCCGAAAAAGCAAUAGAUGAAAAAAACUUCGAAGAUGCCAUGAAUUUCCUGAACUCAGCAGAAGAACUCUAUCCAACAGAUCAAGCUAAAGAACUAAUAAAGAGCAUCAACGAAAUUAAAAUUUGUCGCGAUGAAACUUCUGUACAAUUAAAUUGCUACGAAUUUACUAUUGAAGCCAACGAAUCUGACAGAGCAGAGGCAUUGAAAUGCAUUACAAUGGCACAAGUAGCCUUUCAAGAAGGCCGUAACGAAAGAGCUGAGCAUUUACUUGUUAAAGCUCUAAGAAUUUGUGACAGUCAAAGAGCAAAGACGCUUUUGGAAACUGUACGCAACGCAAAAGGGCAAAAUAACUCUAGCGUAAAAACAGAAAAAAGUUGUGAAUAUGGAUAUGAUCAUUCUCUGAACGAAUAUAAUUUGGAAUAUAAUAAAAGCAUAGAACUGGCGGAAAAGGCUAUUGCCGAAGGGGACUUAGAUAAAGCUGAGCGUUUUCUUUCAAAAGCAAUUCGAAUUUACCCCAACGACAAAGCUCGAAAACUACUUGAACAUAUUAAAAAUGUUAGAUCAUCACAUCCUUCGAGUGAUAAAACCUUAAAAAGCGAUGAUUAUUUGAAAAGCGAGGGAGAAGCUGAAAUAUUAAUAGAUCGGGCUAUAAAAGCUAUGACUUGCGAAGUGUUUGACCUUGCUUGUUUUUAUUUAGAAUGGGCAUUAGAAAAGCAACCAAAUGAACACACGAAGGAAUUGUUGCAAGAAGCAAAAAUAAAACAAAACAGCUGUAAUAGACGUAGUUCUCAGUCAAAAAAAUUAUAUGAAUGUGACGCAAACAAACUACUGGCUAAAGCUGAAAAUCUUAUACUUGAUGGCGAUUUGAAGAAAGCCGAAACAUUCUUGAUUGUUUCUUGGGACAUGAACAGAAGUGGACGUACUACAUCGGUUCAUAAGAAAUUUCUAGAAGCACGAAUGGCUCGUUUUGAAAGAGAUGAGAAACACAAACGUGAUGGAACAAAUAAUGGAAAUUCUAAGAAUAUUUUUGAAUCUGAUAAACUUGUGAAGACAGCUUUGGAGAAAAUCGGCAAAAAAAAUUUUGAAGAGGCCAAAGAGUUACUAAUGAGAGCUGCAGAAUUUUAUCCAAAAGAAAAGAUGAAAGAAGCAAAAAAAUGUAUAGAAAUAGCUGAAAAUGCUAUAUCUAUUGAAAAUUUUGUAAAAGCAAAACGCAUGCUUUCGAAAGCUGAAAGAAUACAUCCUACUGAUACUGCCCAACAACUUUUGAAACACAUAGAAAGAUUCACUUUAAGCAAUAACAAUAAUGAAGAUGAAAAUGAUGUCAUGGCCGCUCAAAAAUGUAUAACUAUAGCACGUAUAGCUAUUGGGAAUAAUAAUGUAGUGAAAGCCGAAAGAUUUCUUUUGAAGUCUAUAAAUAUACAUUCUACAGACGAAGCUAAGGAAUUGUUAGAAAAACUUAAGAAUGGAUAUGAAUGCAACGAACCGACAAGACCUACAGGAACACUAGAAACAGCUGAAGAAUGUAUAGAGAGAGCACAAAAUGCUUUCCACGAGGGCAAUUGUAAGAAAGCGUUACGUCUGCUGACAAAGUCUGAGCGUAUAUACCCAACUUCAAGAGCAAAAGAUCUCUUGAAACAAGUAAAAGAGAAAUUGUCGGAAAACGGAGAAGAUCCCGACGAAGUACUGAAAGAAGUUAGAAAGAUUACUGUCAGGAAAGAUGCUGGCGCUCCACCACCACCUCAGCCAAAAAAGAGAGAAGUAACCAGCGAGCAGAUCAGCGAGAUUCAGCGAGUGAAACAGGCUAAAGAUGAUUAUGACAUUUUGGGUAUACCAAGAGGAUCUGAUCUCAAUGAAGUGAAAAAAGCUUACAAGUAUCUGACAAAGGUAUUGCAUCCUGACAAAAACAGAGCCCCGGGCGCGAAGGAGGCUUUUAUGAUGGCGAAGGAAGCAACCGACCGUCUCAAGUUGAAGUUGAAGUCAAGAAAGUAAUAAGUAUCUAUUGCUCUCAAUCGUAGCAGAAUAAUAAACGCUGCUUCUAGUGACAACACCAACAGUGUCAACGGUCAGCUUUAAGCUGGGUGAUUUCAGAAUCCAAAAGAAACUUAUCAAUUUACCUUAGAUUUCGUCUGUAAUCUGUUUCUAAUUGGAUACAUAAGUUGUUCCACUCUGGCUCAAAGAGGGUUGGGAAUCAAUUCAAGUACUUGUUGUUAAAUCUUUUUUAAUAAAGUUGAUUAUAGUCGUCUGUUUUGAAGACGGAGUAAACGGCAGUUCAUUGCGCAAAAGUUUUGCCCGCUUGCGAGGACUAGUGAUUGCCGUCGACAAAUAUUCUAUCGACUAUCGACUGAAUAUUAGUCACGCCUAUGGAAUAAAUAGCCGAACUUUUCCAUUUGAAUCAACCUCGCCUCAUUAUUCAUCCAAUUAAUGAGCACAAGUUCAUUUGAAUUGUCAAUUAUUGUAAAUGUAUUUGAAUGAAAAUUGAUCUCGACACUAGUAGGCCUACUGUCAAAAUAAAAAUAAAGAAGGCAAUAACGCAGUUAAUAAUAAUUAGAACGUCGUCGUAACAUUCCGAAUUCAGUCAUUUUUGGCAAGAUUUUUAUCUUCUUUGACAAUCUAUCAGUAAUAUUAUCGACAAUAACUACAUAUCUAUUUAAAAUUUUAUAAAACUGGCAACCAUACAAAUGUCAUUUUUCUCCGUCUUCAAAAAAAAAAAACCGACUAUAGGUCCACACAAACUCAUGAGUCAUGACUUAAAAGUAUGGCUUGCAAACCGGUUCGAUUCCUAAAAUUUUGAUUAUCGGGGCUGGACUCAGCUCAAUACCGGUACUACCGGUAUUCCCGAUACUUCUUGAAAAGCUUAAACUGUAUCCAGUAACUAUGCUUCUUCCGAGUUAUCUGUACCUAUUUAAUAUAAUUGACGUACUAAUAACACCAUAAAUAAUAAGGAAAAACUUCUUUCUCUGAUCAAACUAACGGUUUUUAUUCAAAAUAUCUAUUUGAGAGGUAAUUACUGUCAAAUUUAACACAACGUAACACCGCAUAAAAAAAUGUAAGGCAGCGUUAUAAUGACAUUAACAAUUAUCAGUCUUCAAUACGAGUACAAAAUCCCAUAAUAACGAUAUGAACUAUAUAAAAAACUAAACUGAACUAUUUUUCUUUUUAUCCGGGAGUACCGGGAAUCUAUAAUAAGCCCUACUCAAGUGUCAAGACUGGAAAUAACAAUGCCCAAGUUACAAUACUGGGCCAUCUAAUAAAAAUUUGUUAACCAGAAAUCGCACCAUUAUACGAAUCAUUGUAAAAACAGGUUGUAACAAAAUAAGUGUAGAUUUAAUAUAUCAGUAAUCAUUUGUUAUACAAACAUGUUGAAGACUUAGAAUAAUAACGCAUAGAAACCUAGUCCGCACACGCUAAGUGAGGCAAAUUGAAGCGCGCCCAAAGGGCCUACACGAGCGGGCGGGCCGUCAGUGCUCAAGGUCAACUUGCA